CUUAGAGACUGCAGAGGCUAGUAAAGAGUUUGUAUCAAAAAUGUUAUUUUUAUUUUAUAAAUAGUACGAUAUGCAAAGUCAAUAAAAUCAAAGCUUUCAGUAUUGCUUUACAGUUAGAAACAACCCGCUUAAAUACGUGGUGGCUAAGGAAAAGAGAAAUGUUCGCUUAUUACUAAAUGCUCAGAGACACGCUCCUCAUAGCAGCAAAGGCUGCUUUGCAGCGGCCCCGACUGCUACUCCUUCGUGUUAUACUGUCGGCACAUGUGGCCAAACAGAGAGUCACCUCUGCUCUACCUCAACCCAUGCUAGGUCUCCGUGUACCCUAGUCCUCCAUGCCGGUAGGAAACAGGUUCUGAACAUUUGGUAAAGAGAAACAGGAAAUUUUCAAGUGAAUACUUAGUACAUGGAUUAUUUGCACCAACUACGAACUCCGACUACCAAAAAUAUGACAUCAGUCUGGCAUUAAAAUCAAAAGAAAAUCAGGAACACUCGCAACAAAAUGUAUGCUGAAUUCAAUCUUCAGUUUGCAAUUGGAGAGUGCCACUACAUUUGUAAGCAUGGAGGCUUCAAGCGUAUCAGAGAUGAUGAAACUGAUGAAUCUACCUUAAUUGAUCUCGAUACUGGAGAAGAAAUUGAGGUCAUCGACACUAUGAUUGAAUCUGAUCUAAUUGAAGAAGCACCAACCAAGAUUGUUGCAAAGAUAAUUACAAGAAAAAGUAGCAAUGCUGUGCAUAGUCAUCCAAUCUCGCAAGGUGAUAUCACCUAUGCAAUCCAUCGCAGACAAAACCCUGAAGUUAUGGAGCAAAUUUAUUCUAUCUUGGGCGAUUAUCAUAGAGAUUCUGUCUCUAACGUUAUGGAGACUAUGAAAGUAUCAGGUAUUAGCAAUAUCGUAAAGAGAGAUGUUCAAAACAUCCAAACCUUAUUGCUCAAGCAUCAAGAUGGAAAAGGAAUGUACUCAUUGAUUACUCAAAUGGAAUAUCUUAAGACGAACGGACGCAAGAUAACUUUGGUCAACAUUGUUGGUACUAGCAAUGUUAUAUCUGUCAAGGGUAGCAACAAACUACACAAUUUUGCUGUGGCUGUUGCCUUUGUAAAGCCUGAAACUGAGACAGUUUACACCUGGAUUUUGGAAGAACUACUCUUUUGCGCAUUUUCCCAUUUCUAUUACGUUGAAUGUAGCCGAACUCCAAAGGGAAAGUUCAGAAAAUUGAACAUCCCAAUACUCAAUAUGGAUCAUAAACGCCUGAGAGUCUCAUUCCCUAGCUUAUGUAUCUCAAAGGACUAUUUGAUUACGUUCUAGUCUAUGUAUUUUUAUGAAAAC